AGUUGCGCGAUAACUUCCGUGUGGGUUAGACGUGCCUGUGCUCCUGCCGUCUUAUAGACACUGUGCAAUGCGUGCCAGGGACGUGUGAGAAACCACCCCAUUUCAUAGCCUAAUCAGCCACACCAUCGAGAACCUAGACUGGGGGCUACUGGCAAUCCCCCCGCCAAUUGGUCUCGUUCUUGCUGUAAUCCCAAUUCCCAGUCAGUAUCUGGCUGGAUUUUGUGGUGGCUGCUCCUCUUGUGCGUUUUUUGUUUUUUGGUGAUUUUCUUGAGCUGAUCCCAAUUCAGUGUCUUUGACUAAAACUCUUGAGACAAUUUCUUUAGUGUUGAUUGGUCGUGAGUGUUAUAAUUUUGGCAACUAAAGGUCUCAUCUUGGCUCUUCACGAGGCAUUUUCCGGCGAGAGUGGCAUGGAUUUUCAGAGUGCAAUGGAGACUUUUGCUGAAGCGUGGGUCGCCGCCAAUGCUGGACAGCAGACUCAAGCCCUUGCUCUCACACGAUCGAAGACGCCCAAAGAUGAACAAUCAUCGCCACCGAGUGGUCAGGAAAGUGCUCAAGUUAGGAGUCCACGUGAGAGAUCCAGGAGUCCCAAGUAUCACCAUCGACCAUCAUCAAAUGCCUCCUCAAGCCAUGCCAAUCAAGAGCAAUUGACCACCCCAUCCAGUGCCAUCGCUAACACUCAGACACCAGCCCCCUACUUUGGUAUCAAUCCCAAAGGAUCUGUGGCCCCAUCAGCCCCCAGUGCACAGGCUAAUAUCACAGAAAAUGGCACAGGAAGUCAGGGAAAUAAUUCACCGCCUGUAGACAGAAAGGAGUUUGACUUCUCCAAGGUCAAUUCAAAAUCCCUGCCCCUUCAUUGUAUCGUGGAGUCUGUGACGUCCCUUCAGGCCUCUCUUAGCACUGACUCUCGUGGUCCUUGGAAGAGGAGGUCCAACAUUGAGAUGGACAGCUAUGUGAUUGUGCCAGCAGUAACUCAAUUCUGCAACAUUGUCAACACAGCCCUUCAGCGACUAGGCUACUCCCCGGAAACAUCCCAAACAGCCCGCGGGAGCAUUGUGAUUAAGAACUGGAAGCCUCUGUCGCUGGAGAAGAUCUGUGACAGUCCAAUGGUGACUGUGGGGGAUGUUCUGGGUGAACUGACAUCUGUGAUCACACUGAGAAUUGUGAUCCUUCGCACGAAGCCCUCAACUCUGUCUGAGAUCAAAGACAAACUCCUGCGAUUGCUCAUCCUCCAGUCUCAUGCACUACUUCGGUCUUCUGGGUGUCCCCUCGAUGAGAUCACUCUGUCUCAGUUGUGCCGCACAAACGCCUUCCAGAGCCCCUUCCCCUUCACAGCCGAGGCUGCUGAUGAUAUUCGACGCAAGUUUGACUCCUGGUGGUCCAGUCAAUUGUCUCCCCAAACGAAUCCCAUCGCUCCCAAGCUCUUGCCCUUCGUCAAUCCUCCAGCAGCUACGCUGGAUUUUUCCAAGACAGCUGAACACCUCCAUGCUGGACAUGAUGUCCUGCUGGAGAACCACCAUCAGCCCCACCACAACAUGAUUGUUCAUCCAGCUCUCCAGACUGUGCAUUCCCAGUACCCGAGUCAAAAGACUCGGAUGCGAACCAGUUUUGAUCCUGAAAUGGAGCUUCCGAAGUUGCAACGCUGGUUCCAGGAGAAUCCCCAUCCCUCGCGACAGCAAAUCCAAUCCUAUGUCAUUCAGCUGAAUUCCCUAGAGUCUCGGAGAGGCAGGAAGCCUCUGGAUGUCAAUAAUGUUGUGUACUGGUUCAAGAAUGCAAGAGCUGCCCAGAAGAGGGCUGAAUUGAGGGGACAGACUUUGAGCAAUGGAUUCAGUGGGACAAGUAGCCUCAUGAUGUCACAGAGUGGCUACAUGAAGAGUCCUCACAGCAUCCCAUCUGAAGACAUCGACAACCUCUCGCAGCAUUCCGAUGAUCUCGAUGAUGAUCUCGACAGGGCUCCAUCGCCACAGCUGCCCCUUUCCCUGACCACUCAUGAGCGAAAUCGUUCCCCACUGAGCGAUGAACGUGAAACAUCCUCCGUUAAGGUUGAACGCGAUCGUGACAGCCCGGCCAAGACCCAGAACGGUGGUUCGGAACAGAAUUCCUCAGAAGCUUCCACAACGAAUCACAACAACACCAAUCACAUUCAAGAUUCUCGCAGUGAUUCUCCCAAAACCUCCCCAAAGUCUGAAGAUCUCGAUAUGGAGGAUUCUGAUGUGAAUCCCAUGGAGGAUUUUCGAUCACCAUCACCAGACUCCAGACGAGAACUCCCCUUUCCCAUGGUGCCCAAUUCAAUGUUUUCUCACUCGAUAAUGUACAUGAGUCACUAUAUUCCCACGGCUAUGGGUCAGAAUCCCCAUCAUCAGCAACAGCAGAGUCUGAGUCCCAGUUCCCUGACUCCAGGAGGCCUCAACCUCUCCAGCUUGUCCAGCGAUGAGCGACGCAAACGCAACAGGACCUUUAUUGAUCCCGUCACGGAGGUUCCUAAACUGGAACAGUGGUUCGCCAUGAAUACUCAUCCGUCACACAACUUGAUCCUCAAGUACACCGAAGAUCUCAAUCGCAUGCCCUACAGGCAAAAGUUUCCUCGGCUUGAGAGCAAGAACGUCCAGUUCUGGUUCAAGAAUCGACGAGCAAAGUGCAAGCGUCUCAAGAUGUCCCUCUACGACACUGCUCAGCUUUCGAGUCUGGGUUCAACGUUCCAGCAGGAGCUAGAAGAGCGCAAGAUGAGUGCACUGUAUCCCCACAGCGACCGGGAUUUGAAUUGAGAAUCGCCGGAGCUAAGUAAGUCACCACUGGGCUUAGAUCAAACCACGGAAAAGUGGACAAGUGUUAUUUAGCAAUAUGUAGAAGGAAAAGUAGCUACUUUAUCCCGCGAGUAAUUAAUUAAAUGAAAAAUACUAUCGUGUGAGGUGUUGGACAUCUCGGAGGAAACCUAAUGAAAUUAAUCACUGAUAUGCAAAAAGUUCUGUAAGGAAGAAAAAAAAAUCAUGUACAAUUGCAAGUUAAUUACAAUUUAGAAAGCUAAAUAGAAAUUUGAUGAUAAAAGGAUACCAAAGAUGAGAUGGUAAAUUUUAAAAUAAACUUCUGAAAAAGUGACUAAAGUGAAAAUAAUUCUUAUUGAUAUGAUAAUCCAUAGAAUAAUGGAUAAAAUUCGUUAUUACAUUUAGUGUUACGUAGUAAAAAUAUUAAUUAAAUGAUAACGUCUUAACUUAUUAAGCUUUACUGAACAUUCAAACAAAAAUAAACUUAGAAUUCUUGAUGAGAUGCAGCAUCGCUUUAGGAUAAUUCGCUAAUAUUUCCCAAAAAAACAAUCUGUUGAAUGAGAAGUUAGGCUCUUUUUUUAAUUAUUAUUUAUCUGUCCUAAACUAUAACUGAUGUAAAUAUCACAAUUUCUCAACUCUGCCAGAAAAUCCAACAGUGUAACUUAUCGAUCAAUAAAAUGAGACAAUUAUUGA